AUGGAUCUUUCUGGAAUCCCGCAUCCACAUAUGGACUGGAACUCGACAAAUCUGCCCGAAGCGUGGAAAAAAUUUAGACAGCACGUGGAACUGAUUUUCAAUGGACCCCUCAAAGGGAAAGACGAACCAAUACUGUGCUCGUACCUCAUGUUAUGGGUCGGAGAUAAAGGCAGAGACAUUUUUAACACUUGGAACCUCUCAGCGGACGACAGUAAGAAAUUAAAUAAAUACUAUGAACACUUCCAGGCUUAUGUACAGCCAAAAUUGAAUCCGGUGUUUGCUAGAUACAAAUUUAACAAUCAAGUGCAGGGUGACGCGACAUUUGAUCAGUUCGUAACCCAACUUAAAUUACUGGCUGUUGAUUGUUCGUACACAGAUCCCAACGAGAUGAUAAGGGACAGAAUUGUUUUCGGAGUGAAAUCUGCUAAGAUUCGUGAAAAACUUAUCAACGAGGGAGAGAACCUAACUCUCGAAAAAGCAGUUCAGAUUGGACAAAACAUUGAGUAUUCAUGUGAACAACUGAAAACCAUGAAUGCAGCAGCAUCGGAAGUUCACGCUGUCGCCACAGGAUCACGGGGAACUACGCGAUAUUCCAAGGGGCGUAACUCGCACUCUCAGAGACAAAAUCAAGGAAACCGCGCGUCCACAAGAAACCCAAAGAAACCUAGCGAAUGUCCAAACUGCGGCCGUAAUCACAAGGAUGGAACGUGCCCAGCCAAAGGAAAGCGCUGUGAUAAAUGUGGAAAAUGGAACCAUUUUGCAGCAGUGUGUCGUUCUUCACAAUCUAACAAUAACUCUAAAAGUGCUAGGGUCAAUGAAAUAUUUGUAAACACACAACCAGGUAUGGGUAGUGACCAAGAUUCUGAUUUCUAUGUAGAUACUAUUCAUGUAGACUCAGGUACAUCAGGUAAGACCCCUGACCAAGCAUUUGUUAAUGUGUCCAUUGGCCUAAAUGAGUCAUCUGUUAGAUUCAAAUUAGAUACUGGCUCGCAGGUGAAUAUUUUGCCCGCCACCGAGUACAACCGCCUAGGCAUUCAAAGCGUGCUUACGAAAGCCACUAAGCAUUUAUCAGCUUACAGCGGGACAGCACUGAAAACGUUAGGUCAGUGUAAGCUUAAAUGCGCAUAUAAUGAGCGAUCCAUUGUUGUUGAUUUCUUCAUUGUAGAAACUCAGUCAACCCCCAUAUUAGGUAUGCCCUCAUGUUUAGCCCUUGAGCUUAUUCAGCUUAUUUACACCGUCGAUACCACUAAGCCGCCCCUCGAUAAGAAUGCAGUUUUAUCCGAGUUUAGUGAUGUGUUCAAGGGAGUUGGCAAAUUUAAAGGGGAUUGCAGUAUUCGCAUAGACUGA